UCUUCUUCUAAAUAUAUUUUUUAAUUGUCUCCUGAUUAAUCGAUAAUCUAACAUUGACCAUUUCUUGAUCUGCCAUUUGCGGGGUUGGGGUUCUCCAUUUUUUUUUCCCGAAGCACCAAACCUUUGAUCCUAAACUUUAAUUUUCUUCUUUUGAUCUUAAAUUGUCGUGUUAGUGUUUUGUUGUUGUUAAUUUUCGGUGCAUGAUUAAAGCUUUGUGUAGAUUAAUUAAAACAAAAAAAAAAUCGUUUGAAAUUUGUGAGAUCGGUGAAAUGUUUAAGUAAAAGAAAGCUAUGGGAAUUAAAAAUACUAUUGUUUGUGAAAUAUGUUGUUAUCUUUGGUGAGCAAGCGCUCACUGGAGGUAGAUUCCAGGGACGCCUAUGGAUUUGCCUUGAGACCUCAACACGUUCAAAGAUAUCACGAAUACCUUAGCAUCUAUACGGAGGAAGAGACAGAGAGGGGAGAGAAAUGGAAAAACUUUCUUGACCGGCUUGACCAUUCCCCUGAACCUUGUUCCUCUGAAGAAGAGUUCCAGGAUACAUUCCCUGCUGAGGAUGGUUCGGAGUCUGGAGAGGAGAGUGCUGCUUCAGGGGAGGGUUCAAGAAAGGAGAAACAUGAAUCUGAACUUGGUGAUGAAGAAGUGCAGCAGUUUGAACAAUGUACCUCAGAAACAGUUGAUGAGCUUUCAAAAGAGAAUGAAUUAGACAAGGAUCAGGCACAUGUUCUUGAAAAAGACAGCAAACCUGUGGAGGAUGAUAAUGAACAACUUGAACCAGACAAGGAGGCACAGGUUCUUGAAAAAGACAGCAAACCUGUGAAGGAUGAUAAUGAGCAACUUGAAUCUGAAGAGGAGAGUACUGCUUCAGAGGAGGGUUCAAGAAACGGGAAACAUGAGUCUGAACCUGGUGGUGAAGAGGUGAAGCAAGGUGGUCUUGAAACAGUUGAUGAUCUUUCAAAAGAGAGCAAACCAGACAAGGAGGCACAGUAUUUGAGAGUGAAGAGUCUUGAAAAAGACAGUAAACCUGUGAAGGAUGAUAAGGAGCAACUUGAAUCUGAAAAGGACAAGGAGAAGGAACAUUCAGACAAAAGUGAACCUGAUGAAGAGAAACAAUCUCAAUCAGUCAAACAAACCGAAGAUCAUGCACACAUUCAACAAGAGAAUGAACCAGAAAAGCCUGUGGCAGAAGCAGAUAAAUGUCAUGAAAAAGGACAACAACACAAGAAGUCCCGUUCAGUCAUAGAAUGGGCUGACAUUAGACCUUGUAUUUCCUCCAUAGAGGAUAUGAUGUGCACUCGUGUUAAGAACGUAAUGUAUGUGAAAAACAGUCGGAGCCACCAUGCUUCACGGAUAAACAAAGCACUGUCUUCCAUUGGAGAAUCAGUCGGAGAAGAAACUGACCAUGACAGUGAGACUUCCGCUGGUAGAUCGGAUUCAAUAAAAGAAGAAAAUGAUGCUCAAAGUAGUAGUGUUACUCCAAAUCCAUUCUUCCCUUGGUUUGAAGAGCUUGAGGUGCUUGUUCGUUUAGGAGUGCCAAAGGAUCUCAGAGGAGAGGUAUGGCAAGCCUUUGUAGGUGUGAAGGCAAGACGAGUGGAUAAUUACUAUCAUGAUUUGUUGGCUCACAUAACUAACUUUGAUGAAAGCAAGGAACAUGAUGUUCAAAGAAAAUGGAAGAAACAAAUUGAAAAGGAUAUACCUAGGACGUUCCCAGGUCACCCUGCUUUGAAUGAGAAUGGUCGAGAUUCCUUAAGGCGGAUACUUCUAGCUUAUGCUUGUCACAACCCAUCUGUUGGAUACUGCCAGGCUAUGAACUUCUUUGCUGGCCUCUUUCUUCUGUUGAUGCCAGAGGAAAAUGCAUUUUGGACUUUGGUUGGAGUCAUUGAUGAGUAUUUUGAUGGCUACUAUACAGAGGAGAUGAUAGAAUCUCAGGUUGAUCAACUAGUUUUUGAAGAGUUGAUGAGAGAAAGAUUCCCAAAACUCGUUAAUCAUCUGGAUUACUUGGGAGUGCAGGUAGCAUGGAUCUCUGGGCCAUGGUUUCUAUCUAUUUUUGUAAAUAUACUUCCUUGGGAAUGUGUUUUGAGGAUGUGGGAUGUGCUUCUCUUUGAAGGAAACCGUGUAGUCUUGUUCAGAACAGCAUUUGCAUUAAUGGAACUAUAUGGUCCCGCAAUUAUUGCCACACAAGAUGCAGGAGAUGCUAUUACUUCAUUACAAGCACUUGCUAGUUCAACAUUUGAUAGCAGUCAGCUUGUUCUGACCGCAUGCAUGGGGUACUUAUCGACGAAUGAGGCUAGACUGGAGGAGCUUAGAGUAAUACAUAGACCGGCGGUGUUAGAGAUAGUUGAGGAAAGAAUGCAGAAAGGUCGUGUCUGGAAAGACAAGAAGGGGUUGGCUUCUAAGUUAUAUAGCUUUAAACAUGAAGGUUCUAUAUUAGGUGAACACACUCAAAAGGAAGAGGGUGAGAAUCUAGAAGAUGGCUCAAAUGUUGAUUUAGAAUUAGACUCUUUACCAGAUCUUCAAGAGCAGGCGGUAUGGUUGAAGGUUGAACUAUGCAGACUGUUGGAGGAGAAAAGAUCAGCUGUAUUAAGAGCUGAGGAGCUAGAGAUUGCUUUGAUGGAGAUGGUCAAAGAAGAUAACAGACUGGAACUAAGUGCAAGGAUUGAAGAACUGGAGAAGGAAGUUAGAGAUCUAAAGCAAGCACUUUCUGACAAAAAAGAACAAGAAACAGCCAUGCUUCAGGUCCUGAUGAAAGUUGAGCAAGACCAAAAGCUCACUGAAGAUGCUCGGGUAAGUGCAGAGCAGGAUGCAGCUGCACAAAAAUAUGCAGUACACGUCCUUCAGGAAAAGAAUGAGAAGCUUGCAGCUCAGCUCGCUCAAAUGGAGAAGAGAGUAGUUACAGCAGAAACAACACUAGAAGCUACUUUGCAAUAUGAGUCAGGUCAAAAUAAAGCACUAUCAUCUCCAAGGUUUGCUCCACAGGAGACUCUUAAAAAGAAGACAGGCUUCCUAUCAUUUGGGCUUGGCUGGCGCGAGAGGAACAAGGCAAAAGAGCCUGCAGAAACAAAUGGUGAUAGCACUAGUAAUGCAACAUCUGAAGCCAAAUCUCCUGAAGAAAGCAAAUCAGAAGAUCUUUUAAAUCCGGAGACAAAACGCUAACCUACAAAGAGUCUUAUACUGCUAUAACAUUUAGAUUCUGUCUAUACAGGUCGUUGAAGAGGGCUCAUGCUUUGCCGGAAAUUCAUUUUUCUGAUGAAGUCCCACUCUUAAGCUUUUUUUCAAGGCUUUCAACUUCAAGAGCUUACCUGCAAACUUUUGCUCAAUGUUUCUUUAUUAAUUUUGACUAGAAUAGUUUAACACUCUGCACAAAAGAGCAGUUCACUUUAAGUACAGCAUUUUACAAUUAUUUUGAUAGAAUUCAUACUGAAAA